UCGGAGCUGUCCAGUGCUGAACGAAUGCCACAGUCCUCGGCUCUUUAAAAAGACUGUUACCUAAACAAAAGGAGACCGCAGUAAAGCCUCACUAUGCCACGCUCUUUCCUAGUGAAAAAGAUAAAAUUAGACGACUUUUCAUCCAGUGGGAUUUCAGCGUCCAAUUACCACCACUUUGAAGACCCGUGUGUCCUGGGCCAGUCUCUCACCAGCACUGUUGGAAAUCUUGUGGUUCCUGUUGCAGAAAACGGUUAUAUACCACAUUGUGUCAGCCCUUCCGAAUAUCAGAAUGGAAAGAAAAAGGCAGCAAAGUUUCCACCCUCUGACCCAGACUACACCCCAACACACGAUGAUUACAGCGAGCCAGAUAGUCCACAGUCUAGUCUCUCAGCUGGAUAUUUCAGCGGGGAGGCGGCCGUCACAGACAGCUACUCUAUGGAUGCUUUCUUUAUCACGGAUGGACGUUCACGGCGGCGAAGUGAAAGUCGCGGAAACCAGCGCCACACGUGCAAUGAAUGUGGAAAAACAUAUGCAACUUCCUCCAACCUCAGUCGUCACAAGCAAACUCACCGAAGCUUAGACAGUAAAAUGGCAAGGAAAUGUCCAACUUGUGGCAAAACGUACGUAUCAAUGCCAGCCCUGGCCAUGCACCUCCUAACACACAACCUGAAACACAAGUGUGAUGUAUGUGGCAAGGCUUUCAGCCGACCGUGGCUCCUACAGGGCCACAUGCGUUCUCACACAGGGGAGAAGCCCUUCGGUUGUGCUCAUUGCGGCAAGGCCUUUGCUGACCGCUCCAACCUCCGCGCACACAUGCAAACGCAUUCGGCCUUCAAACACUACAAGUGUAAACGGUGCGAGAAAACAUUUGCACUGAAGUCAUAUCUCAACAAGCACUAUGAAUCCGCUUGCUUCAAGGGCUCCGAGCAUGAAUGUGACGUACAGAGCUAAGGGAAAGAGCAUGGAAAUGGGGUGAAAUAAACUAUGUCUCGCAAACAACUAUGGCACAAACUGACGUGCCAUCCAACCCUUCAAUGGCACAAGGCACCACAAACUUAGAAAUCAGGGUACUCGGCAUAAAACAGCAUUACAUAUUUACUCGUCUGCACCUGAUCACUAGGUCUAUGAAUAAACCAAGUGUGGAUUUGGCAGCUCACAGCAUAUUUGAUCUCACAAUCUGCUUUUUCUCUUUAUUUAUUUUUUGGUUUAAACACAAGCUUGAUAUUGAUAUUUAUUUGAA